GAGAGAAGAGAGAGAGAGAGAGAGAGAGGAAAAGAGUGAGAGAGGCCUCGAGAGCAAGAGAGGAAGAGGAAGAGCCAGAGAGAGAGAGAGAGCGCGAGCGAGCGAGAGUGAUAGAGAGAGAGAGAGACCCACAAACACAGAGGGAUACUAACAACACCAUCAAAGCCUUGCCAGUGUUGUGUGCUAACGACGGGCCACCACACCUGUGCCACUCUGUCCCCGCCGGACUAUGUGCAGGCCAUACAUCCAUCCUUUGAGCAAUGGAUGAACAGGAAUUUGAAGAAAUCCUGACCUACCUCUCUAAGAACAAAUACCCUGAGAGCAUUAAGUCGAAAGACAGUCGGAGCAACUGGCGAAAGAAAUGCCGUCCUUUCAUAUGCUGCAAGGACGAGCUCUACUACAAUCACAAGAAGUACGGGGCCUUGUUGGCAGUGAAAGGAGUCAAGGAUAAGAACCGGGUAAUUGAAAAGUGCCACAUACAGGCCGAUGGCAAGCACCAUGGGAUUAAUAGAACGCUCAAGAAGAUAAGCACAAAUUACUAUUGGAAGACAAUAGCAAAAGAUGUCCACAAUUAUGUUAAGAUGGUGUGCCAGACCUGCAUUGACCAAGCCAUACAACAGACCAAUGCAGCUAAAAAUUCAAAUACAUCUCAGGAAGAAUCUGAAGGAGGAAUUCGGGUAAAAUCCACACACAAAAUAGUGGACAAAGCUAUUGAACAAAUAGGACUAGAUGUGAUUGGGAACAUCUUGGAGCCAAGUGUUCCGUCGCCUCAAGAACCAGGAUGUACUAUGUUUAAGUGUGAAGGGGCUGUACCCCAACAGUCGAUGCCACAGUCAUUAGUGCUUCGAGACCACAUAAUGGCACAGUGUGGACUAGAUGUAGUAGGACCCCUUAGUGAAACACACAAAGGAAAACGUUUCAUAGUUGUGCUUACAGACUGUGUAACAAAGUGGGUGGAAGCAACUGCGAUAUCAGAAUUUACAACUGAAUCAGUUGGGAGUUUCUUAGUUGAGGCUAUAUGCCGACACGGGUCAAUAGAAGAGAUAAUGACAAAACACAAUCCUGAUUUCUGUGCACGUUUAAGUGAGAAGCUUUGUUCUAUGAUAGGCAUUGCAAUCAGAAUGUCAACCAUACUACCUUCUCAACCAAACGGGUAUAUAGAGCACUACUGGUAUAAUUCAGUCUUGUGCGGUGCCUUGAUGAAAUACAGUAAUCAAAACCAGUAUUAUUGGGACACAUCUUUAAAUCAGGUGAUUUUAGCUUAUAGGACAUUCCAUCAAAAGGGCCUUUCAGGAUCCCCUUUCCAACUACUGUAUGACAGACCUCUUCGUCUUCCGGUGAUGGGCAUCUCUCAGCCUUCUGGUGAUUCUUACUCUGAUGAGCAGGAGGCCCUGACAGCCCACAUUAACAACUACCUGAAGGCUUUAUCUUGCUCUACUCAUCAGCAACAACAGCCAGGAACACAACAUCAGGACAGACUGACUCCGCCUUAUGCACCAUCAGGCAACAUUGACUCUCCUUCGCCUUCAUCCACACCAAUCAACAAUUCUUCCCAACACCAAUCCAGUCACGUCUUAGGAUCAUUUGCUCAAACUGUUGUCACAAACAACCACAUCAAUUCAACACUUCCCAUCACCACCUUCGGUUCAAACCUCCAACCUGCCUCCCACAACAAUGUCUCUGUACAUGCUAUCCCUACUACAAGCAUAACACCUCAGACAAUACCUACAAAUCUGAAUGCUCACACCAUGUCAACAAACACCGUCACCCCCCAAACCAUUCAGUCCAAUAGCUCGCAUAAUCUCACUACCAACAGCCACAUAAUUACAACUCCUUCAGUCACCCCAGUAGCCAGCCAAGUUAUUACUCCACACAUUUCAGUCACUCAACCAACAACCGUCCAAACUAAUUCUAACAUUACCACGAACACAAGUUCUGACAGUCAUGCGGGACAUAUGGUCAUGAUACAGACUGACAUGAAGACGUAUGGAGAUUCAAUUUAUCUAAUCUGUUCUCAGUGAUGAUGCAGCACCUCAGGGACGAACAGGUUUCAGGUAGAAUCAGACACAUCAUAAAACACAUGCAAAUGUAGACAUAAUUUCAUAGUGUGUAUUUUUGAUGAUUUAUGUUUCUUAGGAACCUUUCAUACUAACACCAAGAGCCAACAAUGAUUUCUUUUCUAAUUAUUUUUAAACUUCUUAGUAGAAUUCCUAAUGAGUUUGAAAUGAAUACCUACCUCCUCAAAAAUGAAAAGUACUAUACAAUCCCAAGCUUCUCAGUGAUCUUUAGCAGAAAGGUUUUAAUUUCUUAGGAAAAAACUUUUAAAUUUUUAUUUGAAGGCCUACAAAUUAUUCUGAGAAAUAGCUUUACUAUAUACUAAGGUCAGCAGCUUCUUGUCUUCAGACUAUCCAAUGACGGUAAUGUAUUUACCAAGCGUCACCAAUAAAAAUUAUGCAAGAUA